UGCAAACACACAGUUUAUCCUCAACACGGAGACCGUGAACAUCAUUUAGAAACGGCUAGGUCACGCAGAAUAUAAUAAAUCUUUUUUAUUUAAGCAGGGUAUAUGAAACAGCGAAAGGGUGAUAGACAUUAGGCUUCAAAAGUAGACUUUUAACAUGGAUGCCGUGUCCAUUUGUGAUGAGCGCUGUGUGAUAAGUGAAAUAAAUCAGACGACGGCAGAGGGACCUGCUCCAAGUGAGAUCCCGAAGGUGUCACUGUGUCCCCCAGACAGUGAGGAUGCAGAGUCUCCUAUGACUGACGUCCCCAUAGAUGGGGACCACAUAAACCACCUGUCCACACCACCUUCCUCUUCUCAACUGUACGACCAAGUGUUGCAGAGUCACAUGUACCAGUCACCUCGACUCAAGAGAUGCCCAUGCUGUGACCACCAGCAGCCAAUCACAGACAAUGCCUGUCUGAAUCAAACAAACACGUCUUCUCACUCAGACUGCGCCAGCAAUGCUAUCAAGAGAGUUCACAGGUGCAGUCCCUUCCACCAGCCUAUAUGUCACAACACAUUGCAGUGUCAUUGGCUACAGGGAUCACGUGAUGGCAGUAACUACAAGCCUGUUCAGCAUCAUGUGGUGACAGUCAGGACUGAGAGACUCCACCGGAUUCCAAAGAACUACUCCCAGGUCAUAGUGGAAUACCCGAUGACAGUUCUUAUCUCAUGUGCAGUAGUUCUCCUUGCCUUCUCCCUAGCAGGGAUUUUGAUUGGUCCCCUGCCAGAUUUUUCUGAUCCUUUAGCAGGAUUUGAACCACGUGGAACAGACAUUGGGAUUAAACUGGCAGCCUGGGCAAAGUUGCAGGAAAGUACUGGGCCUGGGAAAAAACUAUCUCUGACAUCUCUGCAGUUUGAGGACCAAAGUAUAGCACGUGAUCAUGGUGCCUCCAGGGAAAUCACCAGUAAAUCCCAGCAUCACUUAAGACAUCGUUCAAGGAGAAUGCUACAUACAGAUACUACUGAGAACGCCUAUUUUUGCAAUGAUCCAGGAGAUCGCUAUGCCCAGCUGGUAUUCCGCUCAGAAAACUCUGACAGUCUCUGGAGUCUGAAGGCAAUCUAUUCCAUGUGUGACAUGGAGCAAACCCAGAUCCGCUCAGAUGCACACUUCAAAGAACUCUGUCAGGUAAAAUUGGAGGCUGCUGGCACCAAGGGUAAGGGAGAGUGCUGUCCAAGCUGGUCCCUGGGGAACUUCUUGGCUCUCCUCAACAACGUCUCCUCUUGCUUCAGUCUAACAGCUCAGCAAGUGUCAGACAGUUUAGGCUUACUCAGAUAUUGUGCCCCUUACUACCAUGAUGGAAGCCUUGUUGCAUCGUGUGCAGAGAGAAGCAAAUACGGCUACUGUGCAUCUGUCCCACAUCCCUGCAAGCACUCUAGCAUCAUCUAUCAGAUUCUGCAUUACCUGGUGGAUAAAGAUUUCCUGGGGCCUCAGACUGUUGAGUACCAGGUUCCAUCCCUCAAAUAUAGUAUCCUGUUCCUACCAAUGGCAAAAGGAAAUGCAUUAAUGGAUAUUUAUCUAAACCAUCUGGAAGGUCAUGAUCUAACAUACAACAAUACCACUGUAACAGGGAUGGACUUGGGGAUUAAGCAAAAGCUUUUCAAAUAUUACCUCACAAGAGACUCUGUCUACCCUAUUCUCACAGUUCUUGCACUGCUAUUUACAAUGGCCUUAUAUCUUAGAUCAUUCCUUUUAUCAGCUAUGUCACUGGUUGCAGUCACGUUGUCGCUUUUGACAUCUUAUUUUUUCUACAAAGUUGUAUUUGGACUAUUGUUUUUUCCACUUCUGAAUCUCAUGGCAGUUCUUGUCCUUUUGGGAAGUUGCUCAAAUCAAGCCUUCACCUUUAAUGACUUCUGGAAGUCCCAACUGAGCCAUAAUCCUCCAGUUGCACUAGAAAAGAGAAUCCACCACGUCUUACAAGAAAUGGGGUACUUGAUCUUGGUGUCUGGCUUGACAUCCAGCAUCACAUUCUACUCAGGCUACAUAAGUAGCAUUACAGUGGUGAGGUGUUUUGCUGUGUAUCUUGGUAGUGCCUCUUUAAUCAACACACUUUUUGCUCUUGUUUGGCUCCCCUGUGCCAUCGUUUUGCAAGAGCGACAUGCUGCAGGUGCUUCUGCCACUGCUUCUAAGCCAUCAUGGAAGCCAUGUUGCUCAAAAAAUCCUGGUGGAUUUUGGGACACAAGUUCAAGGAAGCGGUGCCUUUUCACAAUGGGACAGAAAUUUCGGGGUCUAAAACGUGGACUCUCUGACACAUCAAAUUUGAUUUUCUUAAAAGUCCUACCCUGUGGUGUGGUUAAGUUUCGAUACAUAUGGAUAUGCUGGUUUGCAGUCCUGGCUGCAGGAGGAAUUUAUAUCUCAUGUGUAGACCCUGGAAUGAAGCUACCAACCUCAGACAGUAAGGCAACUCAGCUGUUUCGCUCCAGUCAUCCAUUUGAAAGGUAUGAUGCAGAAUACCGCCAUCAGUUCAUGUUUGAGCGAAUGAAACAAGGAGAAGAUGAGCCUAUGACCAUGACCCUCAUCUGGGGAGUCACCCCAGCUGAUGGUAAUGAUCGUUUCAAUCCAAGAAGCAAUGGCUCCUUUACCAUGGACCCAGAAUUCAAUAUAAGCAGUUCUGAAGCCCAAAUGUGGUUACGGAAUCUAUGUGGAAAAAUUAGAAACCAGAGUUUUUAUUCAGCAUCACCAGCAGAGCAAGAAGCAUUGGAAGACAAUACCUGCUUUGUGGAAGAUUUAAUUCAGUGGGUAUCUGUUCGCCGUUGUUCUGAAAGCGAGGAUGCUUUCAGUUUCUGCUGCAACAAUUUUACGUUCCCCUACCCUCCUAGUGUUUUCGAGCGGUGUCUCAAAAUGAUGGUGGAAAAACAACAGGCAGAACCGCGUUCACCUAGGAAUGGGGGCCUUCGAUAUGAUUCACAAAAUCAAAUUGCUGCCCUUGUUGUGGUAUUUAAGACCUCACAGCUUUACAGCUUUAACUUCAACAGGACUUCAAAUUUCUACAAACAAAUCACGGCUUGGUUCAAUAGCGAGAUUUCUAGCGCUCCACCUGGACUACAGAAAGGCUGGUUUGUGAGCCAAUUAUUGUUAUAUGACCUCCAGCAAUGUCUGAGCUCAGAGACAUUAGUAGUGGCAGGCAUUUCUGUAGCCCUUACAUUUGCAUCACUUCUGCUCACCACUUGGAAUAUACCAUUAAGCAUUUAUGUGACGUUUGCUGUUGGGGGGAGUGUUUUUGUUACUGUUGGCCUGCUUGUGCUUUUAGAAUGGCAGUUAAAUAGUGUGGAAGCACUGUUCAUUUCGGCUGCGGCAGGUCUCUCUGUUGACUUUGCAGCCAAUUAUUGCAUUUCCUACUGUCUGGCCCCACACACUGACAGAUUGGGUAGGGUCGCAUAUUCUCUGAAGAAAAUGGGUUGUCCAGUAGCCACAGGUGCAGGAGCAUACUUUUGUGUUGGGAUUAUAAUGCUACCUGCAACUGCACUGCUUUUCCGGAAACUUGGAAUAUUUCUCCUUCUGGUAAAGUGUGUGGCAUGUGGUUUUGCCACUUUUUUCUUUCAGUCACUUUGUUGCUUCUUUGGUCCUGAGAAGAACUGUGGGAAAAUAAUCAUACCAUGUGCAAAAGAGAGAGCCACAGAAAACAUACCACCAUCUUGUUCAGGUGCUGAAGCUGGAAACAACAACCCAUCAGCUAAUGGUACGUUUGGCUGUGGCACUGGAACGGGAUCACAAACAAGAAGAAAUUAUAAUAAAGAAAGUGGCAGAGCAUUCUUGUGCCCCAAUCAGCACCACCACAGGCAACACCAGUCAAGGCUAGGGAGGGAGCCUGAGCAGUAUGAGCUGCAACCCCUUGCCUGUCAUCUAAGUGACAGCUUUGAAAAUAGCACUUGCACCAGCAAGCUGUCCAACAGACCUUCUGUUCUUUCAGAUGACAUUGAGUUCUGUGGGCUCAGUCCAAAGCGAUAUUAUGACAGGAUUAGCACUGAAUCUGUGAAUGAGGAUAUAUGCAGCAGGCACCUCAAAGGUUGUGACACUCAUCAAGCUGUCCAAACCUCAUCCCCUUACAAAGGAAAUAAAAUGAGACCCACAGUAGUACCUCCAGAUGAUAAAGCAAAGGAAAAGCGUUUGUGCAAGAAAUGCCAUAGUGGCCCUGGUAUUAAACUAUGGAAUGUCUCCUUGUCGUCCUCUAGCAUGGAAGAUAUCACGGUCACAGAGACCGUAAAUGAGACUACUAAAAGGUCGCUCUCUAUGGAUGGGGCCUAUAGAUGUCACGAACAUAAAAGACUUUUGUCUUGUCAAUCUCAGAGUUCCAUCGAGGGGCUUGAAGAUUCUAACGAGACAUGUUUGAGUGACAUUGAGCCAGCAGUCUCGGUUGCACCACCCACUGUGACUGAAGGAGAGCUGCGACCUGGUCACCUCAAUGGCAAGAGAGAUACUUUGCGUCUGUCUCUGAGAGAAACAGUGUAUGACCCAGGCUCUCCAGGGUCUGGAAGGAGGCGGACAAGUCAAAGCGAUCUACCUGUAAUAUUGCCAAACAGUCAACCGGAUUUACCUGAUGUUUGGAUCAAGAGGGAUGGAAGAAAUGAGGACAGCAGCUGAUUCAAUGAUUAAAUGAGAGAACUCUUACGUUUACCACCAUGUUAAAUCCUAAACGUCAGUAAUUGAGGAGGACUUGUACAGCACAUCUGAUCAUAUCUGUAAAUGCUUACUAAACACAACAGAUCUGUAAAUCAGCAAUUAUAUAGGUCCCAUGGUAUACUGAGUCUUUUUUUAAUUGAAUUCAUGUCACACUGCUACCUGCAAUGAUUUUACGGUACAUUUUACUCUAUGGACAGAUGCACUUGCAUGUCACAGACACUACACAGAUGUUUGAUGGCGCUUGGGUUGCUAUUUCAUAAUACAAAUAUUGUACAUAUUUUCAAAGGAUUAUGGUGCAUCAGAGCAGAUUACUUAAAUCUUACAUAAAAGCAAUUUCUUUAUUCAAUUAAAUAUUCUAGAUAAGGAAUAGGCAUAAUAGGGAUCUACAAAUGUAGUUCACUUUAUUUCAUUUGAAACAAUCCAUAUGGAAAAUAGAUAUCGAUCAUGCUAAUGGCUUGUAGGACACAAGGUAUUGUCUUGAUACUAUUAAUGUCUACAAGUUGUUUAUACCAGGCAUAACUGGAUUUUCCACCAAGUGCACCUGCCUUUAAAGAAGCAAUAAUUUGGCUUCACAUGUGGUGAAGGAAGUGUAGGAACUGAAUCUGGAACAUAAUACAAAACAAAAUACGCAACUAAUUUUGAGUCUCCACAGGAUCUCAGAGCUUCCCAGUUAAUGGGUUCUUUACUACAAGGAUUUAUGUCUUUGACAAAAUAUUUAAUUUUUAUUCUUAAUUUAAAUUACCAGAGUAUUUUAAAGUACUUUUCUGUUUUCUCUGGGGCAGGUCUUGUGACUGGCAUUGUAUUUAUAUGUUUAUUUUGCUCAGACCUCUGCUGAGCUAAAAGUCAAUAGUUUUUAUUUAAAUUUUUAUUGCCCUCAAAUAUAAUGAAUUAUUUAUUGUUUUAAAUGUCAGAAGACUUUACCAGAACUGUAUUUGAUGUAUUACGAUCUUUCUACUUAUACAUUGUGCUUGCUACUUAACUUAUAUCAGAUUUAUAGCUUUAUUUUGUAAAAAAAAAAAGAAAAAAGAAAAGAGUGUUAAAGAUCAACAGUGUUAAAUCAACAUAUCAAAUCUACAAAUAAAUAAAGCCAUACAUUCGUUAAAAUAGUUAAGGUUCUGUUAACCCAUUAAAUUUGUUUCAUGAUAAAUGGACCAAGAGAAAUGAUCUAACAUAACUUGGAAUAAAAUCGUACUCGUUUAUUGGCAAAGAAAUUUGUUCAUUAUCCAAAUGUUGUUACUAAAACAUUCCAUAGCUGAUGUCCUGAUUUCCUGUGCUGUAUUAACUUUUCAUAAGAUAACAUCUACGUAAAAGAGGAAGUUUUAUUUGGUGUCUUGGAAUAUCUAAAUGGAUGAUUGUUAAGUAAAUACCUGUUUUUAUGAGAAUAGGUUGGUUUAAAAUCAAUUUAUUUAGAAAUGUUUGUCUGAAACACAACAUGAUGGUGAGAAAACCAAUAUCCCAGUUAUAAAUGUACUAUGAAAGUAGGUUGAAAAUUUGUACAGUCUUUUGAAAAGCUUUGAAAAACUUUUCAACUUGAUGUUGAGAUGUUUUCAUCCCAUUUACCCGUGACAAAAUGCAAUCUUUAUCGUUAAACUUCUGUCAUCAGAGUUAUAUAGCUACCAAGUCAGUCAACUAAUAUCUAUAUCUAUGCCAUUAUUUGUUCGAAUGUUGUACGAUCACUAGAGUACCGAGACUGGUUUUCUUUCUGUGAAGUGUGGUGCUAUGUCGUGUGAGACUUGGUCACUUUCUGAAAUCAUUUUUUACUUAACAUAUAAUUGUUUAGUCACUACAGAAUGACUAUGGAAUGUAAAAAAAAGAAAAGAUAAAAAGCCAUUUAACAAAAAAAGAAAAAUCAUAUAUACACUUUUAAUUAAAGAAUCUGAUCCUUUGCCAUACUUGUUCCACUAGUGCUGCUGGUCAAUUUCUCAAACAUUCACACUUGUUGAAUAUCCUUCGCAAUCAAUUUACUACAUUUUAUUCAAGUGAGGUCAAUGUUAUUUCAGUAUGCCAGCAACCAUGUCUGGAAUGCAAAAUGUCUGGAAUGCUGUCGUACCUUUCUAGUGUACAAAGUGCCAAAUGAAAAAAGAAAAAAAAAAAGUAAUAAUUGUUUGUUAUAAACAAAGUGAUGUCACGUUUGAGAAACAUGAUGUUCUAAAAUUGUUUUAUGUGGAUAUGUGAUGUCAGAUUUAAAAGUAUUAAGAAUGAACUGUUAUGUAAAUGUGACUGAGAAAGUCAAUAAAGAUUUAUAUUUUAUUGA